AUGUGCCCUCCCGCAACCGCCCGGCUGCACAGCGCGCCCGCCGCUGUCGCCCUCGCACUGGAGGGCCUUGCGGGCACGCGUGCGUCGGGCUGCGUCACCGCCACUUUCACCGCCACGGUCCCCGCCUCACCCGUCGCGCGCUCCGCUCCCCCGCACCGCGCUUCUUCCGCACGUCGCCACGCCCCCGCCUCUCCCGUUUUGAUACAGCGGGCGCUUACGGUAUUCCCGUAA